GAACAAUUAUGGCUGCUUCCAUGACGAACGAGACGAUGUCGAUCGAUCAACUUAUUUUUAAAUUAUUUGAAAUUCAAGCAGUAAAAUUUGGAACUUUUACACUAAAAAGUGGAAUUGAAUCACCAGUUUACUUUGAUCUGCGGGUCAUCAUAUCAUAUCCACGUUUAAUGCUGGGUGUUUCGGAUUUUUUAUGGGACGCAUCGAAGAAUGCAGAUCCCUCAUUCAAGUCUCUGUGUGGAGUUCCUUACACAGCUCUACCUCUAGCCACAUGCAUUUCUGUGAAGCAAAACUUUCCAAUGUUAAUUCGAAGAAAAGAAGCCAAGGAUUAUGGGACAAAGAAAUUAAUCGAGGGUCGUUUUGAGCAAGGAGAGAAGUGUCUGAUUAUUGAGGAUGUUGUCACAAGUGGAACCAGUGUUAUGGAAACAGUGGAUGCACUGAAGAGUGUUGGCGUUGUGGUGACUGAUGCAGUGGUGUUGUUGGACAGAGAACAAGGUGGAGCUGACAGGCUAAGCAGUCAAGGUAUCAAACUACACAGUGUGUGUACACUAACUAAAGUACUGGACAUUCUACAGAAAGCUGACAAACUGAGUGCCGAGAUGGUGAAAAAAGUCCAAACGUUUAUUAGUGAAAAUAAGUUUGAACCAAUCACUGUGAAUAAAAGAGCGGUUUCAGAUGAUACACGUAAUUCCAGUGAAUCCAACAAGAGAAAUAAAAAGUGUUUAAAAUACAGUGAGAGACAAGACCUCUGUUAUAAUGUGAACGGCAAGAAGUUGUUUGCAAUCAUGGAAGCUAAGAAAACAAACUUGGCCUUCUCUGCUGACUUAACUUAUUCUCAGACUCUUCUUGAUAUGGUUGACUGUAUAGGACCUCAUGUCUGUAUGGUAAAAACUCAUGUGGAUAUUCUAGACGACUUUACUCCCCAGUUCACAGAACAAUUGAAAAAACUGGCCAGCAAACAUAAUUUUAUGAUUUUUGAAGACAGAAAAUUUGCUGACAUUGGCCAUACUGUUAAGCACCAAUACAGUGGGGGUGUUCACAGGAUCAGUGGAUGGGCUGACAUCACAAAUGCCCAUAUUGUCCCUGGCGACGGUGUUAUCAAAGGCCUCAAAGAGGUUGGUAUUAAAGAAGGGAAAUCGUGUGUUCUUAUUGCAGAAAUGAGCUCCGAGGGCAACUUGGCAACUGGGGACUAUACAAAAGCUUGUCUCAAGAUGGGAGAAGAGCAUAGAGAUUUUGUAAUUGGAUAUAUUUGCCAGUCUAGACUUUCAACAGAUCCAGCAUUCAUUCAUAUGACUCCAGGAGUGCAGCUCAAAGAAGGCAUAGAUGCUUUGGGUCAGAAGUAUCUCACGCCACAUGAAGUGAUUGCCAACAAACACAGUGAUGUGAUCAUUGUAGGGCGGGGAAUCUACAGUGCAGAAGACCCACUAGCAGCUGCUAAGAUGUACCAGGAAGCUGGCUACAAAGCAUAUGAAUCUCAGUUUGACUGAUAUCGGCAUUGGGUGGACUAACGUAAAGAAACAUUUCUGAGUUUGGUUCCAUUGUAAGAUGUUUCUGACUGGUAGUGCAAGGCCCAUUGUUUUUAAACAACUAAAGUACUUAUUAAAUACAUUUUCUUACACACCCAUUGGUGACAACAUUAUUCAAUAUUUUUGAUAACACAUAGUAAAAUACACAUGUGAUAACACUUUUAAAACAUAUGACUGGCUGCUGUACCAUCCAAUAAAAACAAGCAUGAUUGAAAUUGAUUGCUUUGUUAAUCUGAAAUUGAUUUGUCUGUGACAUACAAGUUAACUACAAGCACUAGGGCUACAUAAAGGUUUUAGUUGGAAAAGACGUAUAAAGGUAUUUUAACAUGUUUUUGUCGUUAGAUACAUUUUAAAACAACUCUUAUCUAAUGGCCACUUGUAAUAUUCUCUAUUGCUUGUUUUGAAUAUCAGU